AUGAGUAUUACAAGUGAGGAACUAAACUAUCUGAUAUGGAGGUAUUUGCAGGAAACGGGCAACGAACUUAGUGCUUUAGCAUUGCAAGAAGAGACUCGAGUGCUUGAGUUUGAAAAGAAUUAUAAAGAAAAUAUACCAGUUGGAACUUUGGUUAAUUUAGUUCAACGAGGCAUAUUAUAUACAGAGAGCGAAUUGCUAGUACAUCCAAACGGUAAGGUGAAGCCCAUAGAUGAGAAUCACUUCUCUGAGAACUUCAAUCUUGUUCAGGCAUUACAGAUAGAUAAGGAGAAAUAUCCCGCAUUGGUUUCCAAGGGUAGAUUUGAGCUUGAGAAAUUAGGCCGAGAAGAUAGUAAUGAAUUAGAAUCUACAGAGUCAGCUGGUGUCAGUGCUGAUCAUACCGAAAAUGAUGUGAGGAUGGACCAGGAUCACGAUGAAGAAGAAGUGUUUGCUAAGACACUCAAUGAAAUAUUCAAAUUGGGCAAAGCUGUUUGUUUACAAUGGAAUCCUGUAUCUUCAAAUAUCUUGGCAAUUGGUGAACACGACUCAACCGCCAAGCUAAUAGAGCUAGAAACAACAACUACAGAUGACCAAAUAAAACUAAUAGAAAAGACAAUUCAUGAACUAAGGCAUCCGUUUGCUACAAGUGCGACUACCGGUAAAAUAACUAAUCAACUCACUUGCUUAUCAUGGGCACAUGAUGGCGACUCUAUUGCCACUGGUGUAGAAAAUGGUGAGCUAAGACUAUGGAAUAAAGAAGGUAAGCUACAGAAUGUUUUUAAUUUUCAUAAAUCUCCUAUUAUUGCGAUACACUGGAAUAGUUCCAACACUCAUUUUAUUUCGACUGAUGCUGAUAACAUUACAAUCCUGUGGGAUGUAAACAGCGGCGUUGUUCUGCAGCAUUUUGAAUCGAAGGCUAACCAAAUCAAUGGCAACAACAAUAAUAAUAGUAAUCAAAUGUUUGGUGUUGACACUGUAUGGGUCGACACAGACAAGUUUGUAAUUCCCGGCCCCGGUGGGAACCUGCUUGUAUAUACAAUGAGUGAUUCAAGACCUAUAGGGAAACUUGUUGGACAUCGUGGAACAAUCAGUCAACUUGAAUUCAACAGCGAAACAAAAUUGCUGGCUAGUGCUGCAGAUGAUAACACUAUAAGGGUAUGGCAUGGUGGUAAUGGUAAUUCCAUACAUUGUUUUUAUGGUCAUACGCAAACUAUUGUGUCACUGAAGUGGGUAAAUAACGAUAUGCUGAUUUCAGCAUCGAUGGACGGUUCCGUCAAAUUAUGGGACUGCGGGAAAAAGCUACAGGAAAUCACUGGAAAUCUGAUAGCGGAAACUAUUGUCGAUGGUGUUCCAAUAUUUGCAGGCGCAAUAAGCGAUGAUCGAGAAAGAUAUGCUGCUGGCUUUAUGGAUGGACAGGUGACAGUGUUUAACUUAGCAGCUUUGUUGAAGCGUUACAGUAAGGGGAAAAAGCACAAGAAUCACGUCAUGUCAAUUCCAAUAUGUGGUGAUUUCCAAUCUGCGCAUAGUGAUGACUCAGUGUUCGAUCUGUCCUGGAAGGAAGAUAGGCUCGCAAUUGCAUACUCUAUCAAUGAAGGUGCCAUCGUACAAUGA